CCGGCUCUAGUGCAGGUGCCGCUGCGCCGGGCGGGAGGCUACGCGCCGAGCCGAGCGGAGCCGCGGAGGGAUGGGGAGCGGGCCGCCCGGGCUGCAAGAGCCGCAGGAGCCGCGGGAACACCGGCACGGGGCGUAGGCGGCGCGGGGCACUUUGCGAUAGGAUGAGGCUCCUGGCUGGCGCGCGGUAGUACUAUGAUUUGGUAUGUGGCCACUUUGAUAGCAAGUGUGAUCAGCGCCCGAGGUCUUGCGGCUCAAGGUGCCCACGGCCUGCGAGAGGAGCCCGAGUUUGUGACCGCGAGGGCCGGCGAGAGCGUGGUCCUGCGAUGCGACGUGGUCCACCCGGUGACGGGGCAGCCCCCGCCCUAUGUCGUCGAGUGGUUCAAGUUCGGGGUGCCCAUCCCCAUCUUCAUCAAGUUUGGCUACUACCCGCCCCAUGUGGACCCUGAGUAUGCAGGCCGCGCGAGCCUCCACGACAAGGCGUCCCUGCGGCUGGAGCAGGUGCGCGCCGAGGACCAGGGCUGGUACGAGUGCAAGGUGCUCCUGCUGGACCAGCAAUACGACACCUUCUACAACGGCAGCUGGGUGCACCUCACCAUCCACGCUCCUCCCACCUUUACAGAAACACCCCCCCAGUACAUCGAGGCCAAGGAGGGCAGCAGUGUCACCAUGACCUGCACAGCUUUUGGGAACCCUAAGCCCAUUGUCACCUGGCUGAAGGAGGGGAUGCUGCUAGGCGCCAGUGGCAAGUACCAGGUGAGUGACGGCAGCCUGACCGUGAUGUCGGUCAGUCGGGAGGACAGAGGUGCCUACACCUGUCGCGCCUACAGCAUCCAGGGGGAGGCCAUCCACACCACCCACCUGCUCGUCCAAGGGCCUCCCUUCAUCGUCUCCCCUCCCGAGAACAUCACUGUCAACAUAUCCCAGGAUGCUCUGCUCACCUGCCGGGCAGAGGCCUAUCCCGGCAACCUUACCUACACCUGGUACUGGCAGGACGAGAAUGUCUACUUCCAGAACGAUCUGAAGCUGAGGGUGCGGAUCCUGAUCGACGGGACCCUGAUUAUCUUCAGGGUGAAGCCUGAGGACGCGGGGAAGUAUACCUGCGUCCCCAGCAACAGCCUGGGACGCUCGCCCUCAGCCUCAGCGUACCUGACCGUGCAGUACCCAGCCCGCGUCCUCAACAUGCCCCCCGUGAUCUAUGUGCCUGUGGGAAUUCACGGCUACAUCCGCUGCCCCGUGGACGCAGAGCCACCGGCCACCGUGGUCAAGUGGAACAAGGACGGCCGCCCCCUGCAGGUUGAGAAGCAGAACCUGGGCUGGACCCUGAUGGAGGACGGCUCCAUCCGAAUCGAGGAGGCCACAGAGGAGGCUCUUGGCACUUACACCUGUGUGCCUUACAACACCCUGGGGACCAUGGGCCAGUCUUCGCCCGCGAGGCUCGUCCUGAAGGACCCCCCGUACUUUACGGUGCUACCAGGCUGGGAGUACAGGCAAGAGGCCGGCCGGGAGCUGCUCAUCCCCUGCGCCGCCGCUGGGGACCCCUUCCCUGUCAUCACGUGGAGGAAGGUAGGGAAGCCCAGCAGAAGCAAGCACAAUGCCCUGCCCAGCGGGAGCCUGCAGUUCCGCGCCCUGAGUAAGGCGGACCACGGGGAGUGGGAGUGCAUCGCCACCAAUGUGGUCACCAGCGUCACUGCCAGCACCCACCUGACUGUCAUCGGUACCAGCCCCCAUGCCCCGGGCGGCGUCCGGGUCCAGGUCUCCAUGACAACUGCCAACGUGUCCUGGGAGCCAGGCUACGAUGGAGGAUUUGAGCAGACAUUCUCUGUUUGGUACGGACCUCUGAUGAAGCGGGCACAGUUUGGGCCCCACGACUGGCUGUCGCUGCCUGUGCCUCCGGGACCCAGCUGGCUGCUGGUGGAUGCCCUGGAGCCCGAGACAGCAUACCAGUUCAGCGUCCUGGCCCAGAACAGGCUGGGCACCAGCGCCUUCAGUGAGGUGGUCACUGUGAACACUUUAGCAUUCCCUGUCACAACUCCAGAACCCCUGGUGCUGGUUACCCCACCGAGGUGCCUCACAGCUAACCGGACCCAGCAGGGUGUGCUCCUGUCCUGGCUCCCACCUGCCAACCACAGCUUCCCCAUCGACCGCUACGUCCUGGAGUUCCGCGUCGGAGAGCGCUGGGAGACGCUGGAUGACGCCAUACCUGGCACUGACGGGGACUUCUUCGCCAGGGACCUGUCCCAGGACACGUGGUACGAGUUCCGGGUCCUGGCUGUCAUGCAGGAUCUGAUCAGCGAGCCCAGCAACAUCGCCGGUGUCUCCAGCACAGACAUCUUCCCGCAGCCGGACCUGACCGACGAUGGCCUGGCUCGGCCGGUACUGGCUGGAAUCGUGGCCACCAUAUGCUUUCUGGCUGCGGCCAUCCUGUUCAGCACCCUGGCCGCCUGCUUUGUCAACAGGCAGCGCAAGCGGAAGCUCAAGCGCAAGAAAGACCCUCCACUCUCCAUCACGCACUGCAGGAAGAGCCUGGAGUCUCCCUUGUCCUCCGGCAAGGUCAGCCCCGAGAGCAUCCGCACACUCCGCGCCCCGUCCGAGUCCUCCGACGACCAGGGCCAGCCGGCAGCCAAGAGGAUGCUGAGCCCCGUGCGGGAGAAGGAGCUGUCCUUGUACAAGAAGACCAAGAGGGCCAUCAGCAGCAAGAAGUACAGCGUGGCCAAGGCGGAGGCUGAGGCGGAGGCCACCACGCCCAUCGAGCUCAUCAGCAGGGGCCCCGAUGGCCGCUUUGUGAUGGACCCCUCCGAGGUGGAGCCCUCUGCGAAGGCUCGGCGCAUUGAGGGCUUCCCCUUUGCGGAGGAGACCGACAUGUACCCUGAGUUCCGCCAGUCGGACGAGGAGAAUGAAGACCCGCUGGUGCCCGCGUCUGUGGCCGCCCUCAAGUCCCAGCUGACCCCUCUGUCAUCCAGCCAGGAGUCCUACCUGCCACCACCAGCAUACAGCCCUCGGUUCCAGCCCCGCAGCCUGGAGGGCCCCGGCGGCCUGGAGGGCCGGCUCCAGGCCACUGGCCAAGCCAGGCCGCCCGCCCCCCGGCCCUUCCACCACGGCCAGUAUUACGGGUACCUCAGCAGCAGCAGCCCUGGGGAGGUGGAGCCGCCGCCCUUCUACAUGCCGGAAGUGGGCAGCCCCCUGAGCUCUGUCAUGUCCUCGCCACCUCUGCACGCCGAGGGGCCUUUCGGCCACCCCGCCAUCCCCGAGGAGAACGGAGAGAACGCUUCCAACAGCACGCUGCCCUUGACUCAGACGCCCACCGGCGGGCGCUCCCCAGAGCCCUGGGGCCGGCCGGAGUUCCCCUUUGGGGGACUGGAGACCCCGGCCGUGGUGUUCCCCCACCAGCUGCACCCAUGUGAUGUGGCUGAGAGUCUGCAGCCUGCGGCCGGCCUCCCCCGAGGACUGCCGCCCACCUCCCUGCAGGUGCCCGCAGCCUACCCGGGCAUCCUGUCUUUGGAGGCACCCAAGGGCUGGGCUGGCAAGGCGCCGGGCAGAGGCCCUGCCCCAGUGCCCCCCGCCGCCGCCAAGUGGCAGGACAGGCCUGUGCAACCUCUGGUGAGCCAAGGGCAGCUGAGACACACCAGCCAAGGCAUGGGCAUACCCGUGUUGCCUUACCCCGAGCCGGCCGAGCCGGGGGCGCACGGCGGCCCCAGCGCGCUGGGCCUGGACACCCCGUGGUACGAGCCUCAGCCCCGGCCCCGGCCCAGCCCCCGGCAGGCCAGGCGCGCCGAGCCCAGUUUACAUCAAGUGGUGCUACAGCCCUCCCGGCUCUCGCCUCUGACCCAGAGCCCCCUCGGCUCGCGCACCAGCUCCCCCGAGCUUGCUGCGCGGGCCCGGCCGCGCCCCAGCCUCCUGCAGCCCGCCGAGGUGUCAGAGACCUCUCUGCAGCCGCCGGCGGCCGUCAGCUUCUCGCACAAGCCCGCGCCGUCCACAGGCUCCCCAUCCCAGAGCAGCCGCAGCGACAGCCCCAGCUACCGGCCCACCGUGGGCUUCACCACUCUGGCCACGGGCUACCCCUCCCCUCCUCCGGGCCCUGCGGGGCCUGCGGACCACUUGGGUGUGUUUGGACAGACGCCUUCCCCUCGGAGGGUGGGGGAGGAGCUGCUCAGACCGGAGCCCCCCCCGCCACCGUUACCUACUGCAGGGACACAUCCACCUGCUCCUGGGAAUGCUGCUGUACCUGAGAGGCUGGAGGCUCUGAAAUACCAACGGAUAAAGAAGCCCAAAAAGUCAUCCAAGGGCUCCUCGAAAUCAAAGAGACGAUCCGAGACAACUUAGAAAUCAAACGAUAAGAACAUUUAAUCGGUGCUGUACCAAAGCCUUAUAUGAACAUAUUCUACACUCUGUACAACCUGUCUCUGGUGAGUGCCCUGUUCUGUCACCCUCUUCUCAAAGCCUGGGAAUGCCAGUGUGUGCCAAGCCUGGGGCCGGGUCUGGGGGACCUGUGGGCCGAGGAGACCCCUUGGAGCGGAGGAUGAUGGUGAAGAUGGGACACCAUUCUGCUUCCUGAGUAGACUCUGGAAAGACACCAGGCAUUUGUGUGUGUGUGCAUGUGUGUGCAGCAUGUCGGGGGGCUGGGGUGUGUGUGUGCAUAUGUGUGUAGGUGUGCUACAGGUGCACAAUGCCAAAGUGAAUGCACCAACUGGGGGCCUGAAGGGGAGACCCAGGCUGGCUCUGGGAGUGGGCUGGUUGUAAUGAGAGGGGAAGGGUGUCCUCCCCCGUUUCCUGUCUCCUUCCCUUUCCUCUCUGUAGGGGAAUGGAGGUUUAUGGAAAUAGCUACACUCUCAACCAGGUGCUUUUUCUUCAAAAUCUCCAAAGUCUAAGCAUUUACAAAGGGCCCAUCCAAGAGGCAGGCACCUCCAACCACCAAAUCACAGACUGUCAGGACGGGCAGGAACCUUUCUCCUUCCCAGCUCCAGCUUGCUUUCUUGGAGAAGGGGUUCCCCCUGCAGGGUCCCCUGACCUCCCGUCCUGGGCCUGGGCCUGUUCCAGCUGCCACCCCUUCAGGCUGCCCAACCCCUUCUUCCCAAUCCACAAAGAAGACCCGGCCAGAGGUGCCCCUUGGCCACGCCUGCUCUGUGGCCUAAGCAAUAAAGCCUGCCCUGCCUACCACAGACAGUGACCUUUGGCCUUAGGCUCUUGCCAGUUGAAAGCUGAGUGACACCCCAGACUCAGUUAGGAGAGGACCUGUGGCUAGCCUCGGCUCAGCUCACUGUGCCGGGCUCCCCUCGCUGGCAUUUCCAGGCUUGCUGGAUACUAACCAAUGCAUCGCCAGUAACACUGCAUGUUCAUAUAGUGAGUUAAAGAGCAAAACAAACACAGACAUGGGCAAACAAGCAAAGGAAAAAGCAAGGGCACAAUGGGAGACAAGAUGUGUAGUCAGUGAAGGAAUGCCGGGAGUGUUGCAAGUUAAAAUUAAAGUUUAGGAUUUAACUGCUUCUCAUGUAACAUUACUCUGCUUCAGAAAUGUUUUGUAUUUUGAUAUAAAUAAACAUUUGCUAAAAAAGUUCAUUUUCUAACUUUUAUUUAUACCUAGGAGGUACUUUCUGAUGACAUCUAAUCUCACCUCUGGCUUUUGGUCUCCUUACUCGACCCCAGAUUUUAAACUCAGGGCUCAACAUGAUUGUGAAAGGAUUUGAGGCUGGAGGUGAAGGAAAUACUCUUCAUUCACUGAGCAGACGUGCACUGAGGGUAGAUCAUGUGUGGGUCACUGUACAAUUCACUCGGGAUCCAUCAUGAACAAGUAGGCAAGGCUCCUACCCUUCUCGGCCUACAUUCUAGUGGUAGGGAGACAGCAAGCAAUUAUCGCAAUAAGAAAAUCACAUGUUGUACAAUAAGGUGAUAAGAGGUUUGGGAGAAACUAGGGCAGGAUGGGGGCAGGUGGAGUGAGGAGGAGGCGUGGGCUGCAGUUUGAAUCAGUGCUGGCAGCGGGGGUGGGGGGGCCCUCAGGGACAGAAGUCAGCCCCUGAGCAAAAGCUGAACGGACCACUCAAAGUUUUUAACUUGCAGACUUCACAAUGCCUGACAUCUUUAAGAACAGGGAGAAGACAGCUGACUCUUCAGUCGUGUGAUGAAGACAGUCUUGGGGCCUGACUCCACCUGUCCAAGCAGGUCCCAGCUCUAACGGGCCCGCGGCCACAUUCACGUACAAGUCAGCGGUGCAGCGCCUGCUCCGUGAGGAACGCGCUUCCUCCCACUCGGAGGGGCUGCCGUCCCUGGGGUGGAUCUGCGGGACCGACUGCGAGAUCAGCUCACCUUCCCCCACCACACCGGCACCCCUCCUCUUCCUUAACAGCCUCUCUUCCUUAUGUUCUGUCUCGGCAAUACUCUGGUAAUCUAUCAGCUCCUACUAUGCUUAUUUUUAGUUUCAUUUGGUCUUUAGGUGGAGGGCAAAUAUCAAAAUAUGAUAUUUCUAUUUAUGCUCAUGGUUCCGAGUGAAGAAAACAGCCAACCCACCAGCCAAAAAACAAACAAACAAACAAACAAACAAACCAGGUCCAUCUACAAAUUUAAAAACACCUGCCGUGGUAAAAAGUCUCCAUAUAAAUGCCCUAAAAGCUGCGCGCCCCGGGGCUGCUGUGCCGGGAGAGCGCCUCCUAGUGUCCAUCUGGCUUUCUCCGCCUCAAUGAACUGUCACAAUUCUCCUAGUGUCUGUUUCCUCUUUCCUCGGUCCUUUUUCUUUUUGAGCCUUAAUGAAAAUCUUUUUGGUAUUUCAUAUACUCUGGUCUUAAUUUUUGAAAGCAGAUACUUAAAGUGUUUUGUAGUCUCCCAUUUUCACACAAAAGUGCCAACCCUUCAAACUCCUCUGCACCAGGCUGAGAGCCGGGACAGACCCCCGGAUGGCUGAGAAUAUGGACAGAAAUGAACCUUUUUGUUUAGAUCUGUCAGCUCUGUGGCAAAGCUAAGUUUUAAAAAAAUUAAGUAGUGAGGAGAAAUAAAUAGUUUAGGUCAGGAGGCCCUCCUCUGUGUUAAACUGUGUUACUUAAGGGCCUUUAAUCUAUUUUUAAAUCGUCCCUAACUUCAUGCUAACCCAGUGCUCCACACUUUAGAACACUCUUUUACAUGUAUUUCAUUUGGUACCCAUGGUGACCUUAUGGAUUAAGUAAAACAGGGGUGGUCUCUCUUUUUUAGAGACAGGAGUGGGCAGUGAGACCCUUUAGAGCCAACCAACCAAUGUCCCUUCUUCCCCCCCCCCCCGCAACUGCCUAUACCAUCCCUCCCUCCUUCCCUCCCUCCCUCCCUCCUUUCCUUUCCUCCUUCCAUACCCUCUUUGUCCCACAAAGGCUUUAAGGCAGCAAUAAGUUGCCUGGAAAGCAAGAAGAGGCCUCAGUCUUGAGUCCUGGUCCAGUACUUUUUUCUUUAGGCUAACUUUCAGAUGGACACAAGCCAGUCCCAGGAUAUCUGUGUCCCCCAGUGAGAUCAUGUAGGGGAAUGAGACUCUGGAGCCCUACUGAGCAAUGUCAAUACACCUAUUAAUGGGAAUUCAGGUAAAUUACGGUGACAAAAAAAGGUGGGAGAGACCAUGUGCCAAGAAAACUUCAUGGACUUUAUAAACUUCAAGAAUGCUGAUUUCAGGGAUCCAGACCCUUUGUUUUUAGGUUGCGGGACAGACCGGGCUGGUCUUGGGGCAGGAAGGGACCCUUUGUCACCUUGUGGAUGGCACGGUACAGGGUGUGGCCGGGUCAGAUCUGUAAACCAGCCAAAGCUCCUUUUGUGUCCCCAGCCUCCCCUUUUGGGGCCCUUUCCCCUAUUUCCACUGAAUCCUUUUCCUCUGUGGUCAGGGGUCUCAGACCCUUUGUCUACAAACAUGUUGUCAAGGAAGGAUUUCAAGAUGCUUUGGUUUCUUCACCAGCUGGGGACAGGGUCUGUUCCCCAGGACCCUGAGAUCUCGGCUCUGGAUCACUCUGCUCUUGAGAAACCGUGCCUUUCUCCUUGAUGCCUCAGCCCCAGCCCCUAAACCAUCUGCAUUUACAAAGUCCGCUCCCCAUUUAGUAACUGAUGAACGCAGGCAGACCAUUUUACCUUCCUGGGGAAGCUGGUCUUGACAGGUUCCCUCCUUUAGAAACAUGGCGGGGUGCGGGGUGGCAUACAGGCUCAAACGUCAGGGGUCAGGGGCGCUGGGCAGUCCCUCAGGGCCCCCCUUAGGCCCUAGGUUGAGUCACAGGCUCUGCGGCUCAGCCACUGGCCAUUCCAGCGAGAGAGAUGACGCGCUUUCCUGCCGGGACAGGUUGUCCUGGAGCCCUUGUUUCAUUUGGCCCUGAGGGGAAGCACACCCUUUCUGAACCCGCACAGCGAGGAGAGGAUGUGCCAGAGCCUUUACAGUCUCUCCUUGCAAGGCAGCCACUCUGCACUGGAGCCUCCCCAGGCUGCAGAGGCCUGGUGCGUGGUGCUCGGGCCGACCAGGCUGCUCCUUGGGAGGGUGUGCUGGAGGUAACCGGCCCUCUUGAGAAGGAGAGGCACACAGCUCCUGUUCGUCCUCAGUCUGGGUUGCCAAUCUGAAGGCAGCAGGAGUGUUGCCUGUUAAGUGCCCUUAAUAUCUGAUACACUUGCUCAUCGUUUGUCUGCCUCGCUAGUGUGUAAGCUCCUUGGGGGUUAGGCCCUGUCUGUACUGUUCACUGUUGGGGCCCGAGUGCCUAUCACAAAAGAGGGCCUUAUUAAAAACUUACUGAAAGAAUGAAUGAUUAGUCAGAAAACACCUAUUCUAUUUGGCAUCACUGGACGAGGAGGUUAUUGGUAACCUCGGUAAGAGCAGCCCCAGUGGGAUGAUGGAACAGACGCCAGGCUGGAGUAAAGGUGAGGCACGGGAAGUGAGCAGUUAGCGACACUGCAGACAACACUUUUGAGAAGCCUGGUGUCUGUUUUAAAAUAUAGGACGUUUGUGUAUAUAUAGUGAGGCCAACAGAUCAAGAGACAAUUGCCUUUAAAAAAAUAGUUUGUUACAGUGCCAGGACAGGGGGACAGAGCAUGCCAUAACGGGCCACAUGGGGAAGCACCCGGCUGGUCAGGAGCUGGGGGCUGGGGGAGACUGUGGGUAGGAGACUUUAUUGUGGUCUCCAGGGGAAGGAAUGGGCGAGGCAGGGUGGCAAGCUUAGGAUGGGCUGAUUUGAGUAAUCUCAACAGGGCAUAGGGGCUGCCACUGGUUGUGUGGUACCUGGCCCUGGGGUGGUUAGGGUGGGGAAUAACGGCCUGGAGUGUGAGAGUCUGAUAAAGGAGGUGGCUUCGGUGUAGGCAUUGGAUUGGUUGGGCUGCAUCUGAAAAGUGCACUUAUGGGCAAGUUAUCUGCUCUCUCUGGAAAGUGGCUAAUCUUGGGAGGGGCAGUCCCUCCAGGGUCGUCAAGCCUCCAGAAUAAAAAAAGCAUCAGAAUACAGAAAAUAAAAGACAGAGCUAAUACACCUUGUAGCAAAGGGGAACAGAGAAAUGGGAUGGUUACCAAUGAGGACAUGAUGUCACAGGCAGAGCUCUACUCACUUUUAUGUCAGGAGAUAUUAAAGUAUGUUUUUACAUUUCAACAACAACAAAAUAAAGUAUGUUUUUAUGCUGCUGGAAUGAACCAACAGAGGAAGAAACUAAUGACAAGAGAGAGGUGAUAGCAAAAGUAACAAGGUCCUUGAUACAACCACAGUAAAGGGGAUCCAGACCACACACGGAUGAAGCAGCCAUUGAGAAAAGCUGAGCUAUUUUAUUGUUUGCGACAGGAAGGAGGAAGAUGCCAGAUGUCAUGGGAAUUGGUGGGGUGGAUUCUCCUUUGAUGACCUGUGUUUUCCUAUGAAGUGAGAGACGAGGUUAUCAGAUGAAGAGUCUGAGGGGUCAUGGUGGUGGAAAAACUAUGAAGAGUAAAUGAGCUCACUUGAGAAUUGCUGAGAAUUGCUGGGCUGUUUUCUGUGUCAAUCUGAGGUUUGUGAUAAUACAUUGGGGUUUAUCCAGACUAGUGGAUUUUCUCAGAAAAAAAUAUAAAAAAAAUACAUAAAAUCAUAUGUGAUGGAGGUAGAGGGACAAGGUCGUUUAGGGAGAUUAUAAAAUAAUAACCAUAAUAAACCAUGGAAUCUAAAGUUGAUAAGUAAAUAAGAGAACAAGACUCAUAUGCACAAAUAUAAGAUGAUGGGUCCAGUGGUUUGGAGUCUUGAUUAACACCUGUUUUUGGGGGGAGGGGCAGUGCUGAGCCACCGUGCUUGAAGAAUAGGAGCCUGUGGUGAGAUCUUGGUAAGACAUGUUCAUAAUUUAAAGGAAGAAGAAUUUCUGGUAAUGACCAGGUCCAUAGUGUGACUGUGGGAGUGGAUGGCUCAGACAGGGUGAGAGAAAAGUUCACUGAAGAUGAGGAGCUCGAAGAGCUAAGAGGCCAGGGUGGUGGCUAGAUCACCUAGGUAAGCCAUCACUGAGAGGGAUGGCAGGGUUGGAAGGAGAGGAAGGCUGAGGCAGGGGCUAAAGCCAUCAACGAAUGAAAGGGAGUCUUGAGGAUGGGAGAUGUCAGCAAUGAGGAGAGGGGAAAGGCGGUAGAUUUGAAAGGCUCACACCUUGAAGGAACAGGCUGAAGCGGGGAGGAGAAUGACCUGGAGCCAGCAGACAGAGUCUCUGCUUUCCCACAGCCUACUUUCUGGUGUAGGGAGCCAGCCAAUCAAUCAAUCAACCCAUCCAUAUUAAAUUGUAAUGGGCAUCACACAGAGAGAGCAACUGGUUGGCUGCUUUAAACUGGGUGGUUAGGGAAGACUUCUCCAAAGUAACAUUUAAGCCUUGUCUCAUUGGUGAUACCAACAGACCAGCCAGGUAAAGUUCUUCAGAGAAGAUCAUGCAGGUAGAGGGUGCAGUUAACGCAGAGCCCCUAGAGAAGGACUGAGUUCGGUACGUCUGAAGAACAGAAAAAGCAAUGAGAUGCUGAGUGUGCAGGGAAAGAGGAGAAGAAGAUAGGCUGGAGUGGUAAGCCAGGGCUCUGUAAACCAGCACAAGGGUCAGACUUUAUUUUAGUGUGACGCGAAGCCAUUGGAGACUGUUAGACUGGGAAGAGGCAUGACCCCUCUGACUGCUGUGGUGAGAGCAGGAGAGUAACAGCAGAGGCAGGCAGCUGGCGAGAGGCCACUAACGUAGUCAGCAUUGAGAAGAUGGCAUGUUAGACCAGGGUGCUCCUAGUCCAGAUGGAGAGAAGUAAGUUUGGGACAUGCCUGUAAGGAGAGUUCACAGGCUUGCUGAAAGAGGCGAUGUGAGUGGUGAGGGAGACAGAGGAAUCAAGAAUGACUCCUACAUUUUUACCUGGGUGACUGAGAAUGAGAAGACUGAAGGAAAAGGACAUAUGAAAGGGGAGCAAGUCAAGAGUUUGUAACAUCUGAAAUGAUUAUGAGACAACGUUUUUGAGAUGCCAAGUAGGUAAUUGGAUAUAUGAGUCUGGAAUUCCAGAGGGAGACUGGGGCUGCAGAUAUGGAUUGGGGGAUCAUCCUCAGAGAGGUGGCAUGUGAAUCCUAGGAAGAGGGUCUUAAGAGAAGAGAAGGGGUGCGUAAGAGAGGUACUAAAAGCCACUGAGUGAAGAAAAUUCAGAUAAGUACAGAGAAGUGACUUUAGGUUUGGGCAGCAUAGAGGUAGGUGGCUGAUGAUGUUGACGAGGGUAGCCUCAGUGGAAUGGUGGGGACAGAGUGGCUGAGAAAGUCAGACAGUGACCACUGAUAAAUCCUGGCCUAGGAGGCAGGAAAUUUCUGACAGCAUGGCAGAAUUUGAUGACUGCUGAGUGGAAGUCUCCCAGGACGCCGAUUAAAGGUUUGGGAGCACAGUAGGUGGUGCUUUAGUGUCCCACCCAGAUCCCCUACACUGGACAAGUGCAUCCAUCCCCAGCUUCUUUGAGUGUUGGUAGCUAAUGGCUCACAGGUUCCCCAUUGCCAGAGAAGUGCUCUUGAUUGACAUGAGCCUCCUUGCCAAGAGGAUGUGGUCUUUCAGGGGUCCUGGAUUCACAUGCAUGUCAGGGCAACACUCUGCCUUAUGCAGGCAUACAACUCAUACCUUGCCACUCAGUGUUAAAACCCUCAGCUCUUUACUUACAGGUUUGGACCCUCCCCCAACCCCCUCCACAGGCACCCCCAUUUAGGUCAACUAUGGCAUCGGCUCAAGCUUAGGACUCUGGUUUCCAAUUCACUUUUUUGGUUACUGACAAUAACCCAUGCUUUCUUAUAAACUCGGCUAUGCAUUCAGGAGUAUGCUUGUUUUAUUUUAUCCAGCAUUCUAGGACCUUGAGGCAGGAAGCUUUUAGGUUAUCUGGUUGGCCUUCUUACCAACACUGGAAGUCUUCCACCUUUAUCUUUUACCUUUAUCUUUGUUUAAAGUAUGCUGUCAUUUUUCUUUUCUAAAGAGCGUAUUUAUAAAUAUGUUUCUUUUUUAAAAAAUAAAUUUAUUUAUUUAUGGCUGCUUUUGGUUCUUCGUUGCUGUGCGUGGCUUUCUCUAGUUGCAGUGAGUGGGGGCUACUCUUUGUUGCGAUGUGCGGGCUUCUCAUUGCAGUGGCUUCUCUUGUAGAGCAUGGGCUCUAGGCGUGCCGGCUCAGUAGUUGUGGCUCGCAGGCUCUAGAGUGCAGGUUCAGCAGUUGUGGCACACAGGCUUAGCUGCUCCGCAGGAUGUGGGAUCUUCCCGGACCAGGGCUUGAACCCCUGUCCUCUGCAUUGGCAGGUGGAUUCUUAACCACUGCGCCACCAGGGAAGCCCUAUAAAUAUGUCUCUUAACUCAGUCUAACAGGGUCUGUUUUUCCAAGGAACAUUCAGUUUAUUCACAUUGAGUAACAACUGUUACACUAUAUAGCAUUCUAAUUUAUUUAAUAUUCUUUAUUCUUUUUAUUUUGUGGUUUCCUGAUUUUCCUUUUCUUUAUUUUUGCAGGUUUGCUAUUUAUUUUUCAGCUGCUAUUUUACCCCUUUAUUAAAUUACCUAUUGUUUCCCAUUCCAUUAAUGAUUAUAUUCCCUUUCCUAAUUAUUAAGUCCAUAUGUCCUUCCCCACCUGUUAUCUGACUGCUUCCCACACCCUGCACAUGAUAAGGCUUUAGAACAUUUUCACAUCCCUACUUUCCCCUUUCCUGAUCUGAAAUGACAUCUUUGAACAUUUCUACC